AUGCAUGCAAUCCCGUUGCUUGUUGUCAGCUUGACCACAGUCGGAGCUGUGCACUUAUCACAUCUCGACAACCCACAGCAACACCUACUACCAGCUGCUGCACUGACUGCGCCGCCUGAAGCUACUGCCACCCUGUCGACCCUGUUACCAGAUGGCAUCACUGCAGACCCAAAGGAGCUGCAACGGCGGCAGAAGCAGGAAACGACCUUUACACUCCAAACCGUCUAUCCAGGACCUUUUACCUGGCUCACUUCUUUGGGCUCCCUGUGUGGCUUCGUGGCCAGUGACGUCCAUUGGGCCCUGUACUGCGACGUGGGACAGUAUUGCAUAACGGAUGAUCUGUUCUUGCAAUGCUGCUCAACCACCAGCGAGACUUUCUGGAUGUCGACCGGCUACUACACCGAUGCAAGCACAGGGAGGAAUACAUUGACCACGACCCUCAUAUCGACACUCUUGAUCACUAUGUCGUCGACAUUAGGCAACAACUGCACGGCGGGAUUCAAGACAUGCUAUGACUACAAUGCCACCGCCAGCUGCUCGGAUGGCUGCACCUCGACCGCGUUGGUGUGCAAUAAUCCCUACUUCCCCUAUUGCGCGUCUCUCUACAGCGGCGGCGUCACCCCCAGCUCCGUGGGGACAACGUCCACCUACCUCCCCUUCGAGUAUGGCGUCAGCUAUUUCUGCGAUACCGAGGCGUAUGGCCUACAGUACGGGGAUUAUGGAUACUGGCCAUCAGUCACCAGCACAUAUUUCUCUGUUGCAGGGGCGUCCACCAGCACAACACCAACCUUCACCCCGAAUGUCGUGCCAUACAGCCGCACUCAAGCAACACGUCCUGCGUCCCAGGCCACGCUUCUCGCUCCGACCUCCACAGUGUCGUCUGCCACUUCUUCUCGCCCAUUGUCCUCUGUCGCACGGAUGCUGGGCACCGUCUCUCUCCUGGCUCUUUGCUAUGUGCUAUCAUGA